AUGGACCGGCAACGGGUGGCUGAGAGAGCUCUCCAUGACCAGACCAACAUCCUCCCGCGUGCCCAGCUUCUGGUCGUUUUCACAGGGCUGGCAAUAUCAUUACUCAUUACGUUUGUGGACCAAAAUGGCAUCAGCGUCACACUGCCUACUAUCGCCGUAGACCUUGAUGCCCGGAAUACCAUAUCCUGGGCAGGCACCUCAUCCUUGAUUGCAAACACCACAUUCACGGUUCUGUAUGGCCGCCUCUCUGAUAUCUUCGGCCGCAAGGUCAUUUAUCUGUCCGCGCUCGUGUUACUCUGUAUAUCAGAUGUGCUCUGCGGUGUAUCAGCCACCCCCGAGAUGUUUUAUGUCUUCCGUGGGCUAGCCGGUAUAGCUGGGGGUGGAGUCACUUCGCUGACUAUGAUUAUCGUCUCUGACAUUGUGACAUUGCAACAACGUGGCAAGUAUCAAGGCAUUCUCGGUGCUGCCAUGGGGCUAGGAAAUAUCAUCGGCCCAUUUCUCGGCGCUGCCUUCAUCAUGAACGCAACCUGGAGGGGCUUCUUCUGGCUCAUCGGUCCGCUAGGUGCAUGCUCUGCAUUGAUAGGAUAUUUCCUAAUACCAAACAACCAUAAAAAAGACAGCUUGUCCAACAACGUGAAACGUAUCGACUUUUUCGGCAUACUCACGUCUUCUGCUGCUGUUAUUCUUCUACUUAUUCCCAUAUCUGGCGGAGGGUCUUACUUCAAUUGGAACUCGGCCAUGGUGAUAAGUAUGCUUGCCAUUGGAGGAUGCUCGUUGAUUGUGUUCUUACUUGUUGAGUGGAAAGUGGCUGUCCUCCCCAUGCUUCCAGUCGUACUAUUCAAAAACAAGGUCAUCUGCGCCCUGUUUCUCCAGACGUUCCUUCUGGGCGGUGUUUACCAAGCAUAUCUCUACUACCUCCCAUUGUACUACCAGAACGCCCGCGGCUGGAACCCAAUUGUGUCGGCUGCUUUGACAUGCCCAAUGAUGGUUUGCCAUUCACUCACAUCUAUCGCAUCGGGCCAGUAUAUUUCCCGCCGCAAGCGAUACGGCGAAUUGAUCUGGAUCGGAUUUGGCCUAUGGACACUCGGCGCCGGUCUCAUGAUCAGGUUCGACCGGACGACCAGCCCAGCUGUCAUCGCAGUAUCCGUUGGCAUUGCUGGCAUAGGGAUUGGAAGCACUUUCCAACCCACAAUGAUUGCAUGUCAAGCCCACUGCACGAAGGCCCAACGAGCAGUGGUCAUAUCAGAUCGAAACUUCUUUCGCUGCCUCGGAGGAGCAUGCGGACUCGCUGUGUCUGCGGCCCUUCUUCAAGCCGUUCUUCGCUCUAACCUCCCCGAAGCAUACAAGGGUCUUGCCCAUUCUACAUACACCCUUCCGUCGAAGGAUGGAAUUUCCGAUGCGGACUGGGAGAGCAUUAUGGAUGCAUACGUGGCUGCUUCUCGAGCAGUGUUCAUCCUGCAGGCUCCGCUGAUCGGGACAUGUUUCCUGCUGUGCGCAUUCGUCCGAGACCGAGGGCUGGAACGACCGAAAGAUCCAGAUGAGAAGGCUGCCAGCGAUCAACAUCAGCGUAAAGAAAGUCAACCAUCCAACGAGCCUAUUUCUCAACAACCCGAAGCAGAGCAAGUCAAGACGAACGGCCACCCUGCUAGGAUCUAG